AUGCGCGCCACUCUCGCUCUGACCACCCUCCUGGGGUUGGCAAAUGCCGCCGCCAUUGACCCUCGCCAGUCUCGUGAGAGGAAGCUCUACAAGAUUGAGCUUGGACCUGAUGAUGUCCGCACUGUCACUGAGGACGAAAAGUUGGCACUGACAGCUGAGCACAAGAGCUUCAUCGACAUCACUGAUCUCGACGAGCCUGGCUUCAGUCUCCAAUUCCUCACCAGCUUCCCCAGUGCCGUUACCCAGACUUCUGCUGUCAAGGCUCUGCUCCCUAAGCUGAGCCAGACUAACCUUCGAAGCACUCUGACCACCUUCUCUGGCUUCUACAACAGAUACUACCAGUCUUCAUAUGGUGAACAGUCUUCUGACUGGCUGUUCAAGCAGGUUGAGUCUAUCAUCUCUGCCAGUGGAGCCAAGGGUGCCAAGGUUGCCAAGUUCAAGCACACUUGGCGCCAAUCCAGCAUCAUCGCUACCAUUCCUGGAAAGAGCGAUGCUACCAUUGUUGUCGGUGCUCACCAAGACUCUAUCAACGGCCGGAGCCCCAACGGUCGUUCCCCUGGUGCCGAUGACGAUGGUUCUGGAACCGUCACCAUCCUUGAGGCUUUCCGUGUCCUGUUGAGUGACUCCCGUGUUGCAUCUGGCCAGGCUCCCAACACCAUCGAGUUCCACUGGUACGCUGGUGAAGAGGCAGGUCUUCUCGGAAGUGGCGCUAUCUUCAACCAGUACAAGCGUGACGGUCGCCAGGUCAAGGCCAUGCUCAACCAGGACAUGACUGGCUAUGUCAAGCCUGGCACUCAAGCCGUUGCCGGAGUCUUCACCGACAAUGUUGAUGCUGGUCUCACUGCCUUCCUCAAGAAGGUUAUCGCUGCUUACUCGUCUCUCCCUACUGUUGACUCCAAGUGUGGAUACGGUUGCUCCGACCACGCCUCUGCCACCCGCGCUGGUUACCCUUCGGCUUUCGCCUCUGAGGGUACUUUCGAGAACAGCAGCCCUUACAUCCACACUGACAGGGACACUAUUGACACUGUCAACUUUGGUCACAUUCUCGAGUUUUCCAAGAUCGUCACUGGAUUUGCUUACGAGCUUGGGUUCGCGACAAACCUGUGA